AUGUUGAGCGCCACCAUGCCACGAGGUUUCGCCGCGCCUCGCGCGCCAUGCCGCAGCCUCCAGACGCUCAGGUGCAAGGCUACCGGCGGCGCCGACCGCCGCGACGUGCUCCUCGGCCUCGGCGGGGCGGCGGCGGCCGGCCUCCUCAGGUCGUCGUCGUCGAGCGGCGGCGGUGCGCUCGCGGCGCCCAUCCAGGCGCCGGACCUCCGGAACUGCCACCCGCCCGACCUCCCCGACACGGUGAGCGACGUCAACUGCUGCCCGCCGUGCGCGGGGACGGCGAUCGUCGACUUCACGCUGCCGCCGCCGCUCGGGCUCCGCGUGCGCCCGGUCGCGCACCUGGUGAACAAGGAGUACCUGGCCAAGUACGAGAAGGCCGUGGCGCUGAUGAAGGAGCUGCCGGACGACGACCCGCGCAGCUUCGCGCACCAGUGGCGCGUGCACUGCGCCUACUGCGACGGCGCGUUCGACCAGGUCGGGUUCCCGGACCUGGAGAUCCAGAUACACAACUGCUGGCUCUUCUUCCCAUGGCACAGGUUCUACCUGUACUUCCACGAAAGGAUUCUUGGGAAGCUCAUCGGCGACGACAAGUUUGCGCUGCCGUUCUGGAACUGGGACGCGCCCGGCGGCAUGUCGCUGCCGGCGAUCUACGCCAACAAGUCCUCCCCGCUGUACGACGAAAGGCGUGACCCUGCACACCAGCCACCAUUCACGCUGGACCUCGACUACGACGGGACCGAGCCAACCAUACCAAGACCUCAGCAGAUCGAUCAUAACCUAAUGAUCAUGUACCGUCAGAUGAUCUCCGGUGCCAAGAAGAAGGAACUCUUCUUUGGGCUGCCUUACCACCAGGGCGACCAGCCAGACCCAGGCGCAGGCAGCGUCGAGCUCAUCCCGCACAACACAGUACACUUCUGGAGCGGCGAUCCGAGGCAGCCCAACGGCGAGGACAUGGCCAACUUCUACUCCGCCGCGCGCGAUCCGCUCUUCUUCGCGCACCACGGCAACAUCGACCGCCUGUGGUCGGUCUGGAACGGCCUCCACCCGGGCAACACCAACUUCACCGACCCCGACUGGCUGGACGCCAGCUUCCUGUUCUACGACGAGGAGGCCCGCCUCGUGCGCGUCCGCGUUCGGGACUGCCUCGACACCGCUGCCCUCGGCUACACCUACCAGGACGUCGCCCUGCCGUGGCUGAACGCCAAGCCGACCACGGAGGCCGGGUCUCCGGCGCCCGCCGCGGGCUCGCUCCCGGCGACCCUGAACCAGACCGUGAGGGUGGCCGUGACGCGGCCCAGGACCUCGAGGACCCGCCAGGAGAAGAACGCGGAGGAGGAGGUGCUGGUCGUCGAGGGGAUCGAGGUCGCCGACCACUUCAGCAGGUUCGUCAAGUUCGACGUCUUCGUGAACGAGUCCCAGAGCGGGGGCGGCGCCACGGCGGCGGCGGUGCAGUGUGCCGGGAGCGUGGCGAUGACGCCGCACUUGGUCCGGCCCGGGAAGGGCAGGGGCUCCGUGAAGACUGCGGCGAGGUUCGGCAUCUGCGACCUGCUCGACGACAUCGGUGCUGACGGGGACAACACGAUCGCCGUGUCGCUGGUGCCGAGGUGCGCCGGGGACAUGGUCACUGUCGGUGGCGUCAGGAUCGAGUAUGUUAAGUGA